UCAAAUUUCAGAAAAAACACACAUAUCAAAUUUCGCGGCCAUAAUCACAAAAAUCUACGCACGGCUGUGGUUACUGUAUGACUCGGAAACCCCAACACCCUGGAAGAAAUGGUGUCGUCGACAUACACGAGAGUGCUGGAACAUCAAUAUGCUCUUCAUCAGCUGAUAAUACAGUCACUAAGGAGAAAGCGAAACGGAAGAGAGCCGAAAAAGAGGAAACUGAUCACGGAAUGACGCUGCACGAUAUUAUAAAGACUUCGUUCGUCGAGCACACACUUUCCGUAGAUCAGAUACGGGACCUGUACCCGGACUCGUACGUUUUUCCACAAUGCGCCGAGAGGAGCGAUGGGCUGCACAGUGAUGAGGCAAAAAAACGCCUAAAAGACGGUGGCCUCAACCAAAUAGACCGUCCACAGGAGCCGAGUCUCUCUCGAUUCUUCCUCUCUCAAUUCCACUUCAAAUUCUGGAUUCUUCUACUCGGCGCCGCCGUACUGUCAGUAAUGACGUACUUUAUCCAUAUGGCACGUGGAUUCAAUGAGCCACUCAACCUGUACUGUGCCAUAAUUCUUAUUGCGGUCGUUGUGUUCAUGGGAAUGCUGUCGUAUUGGCAGCAGGCGAAGGCGAAGAAGGUUCUCCAAGAAAACCGAGACAUGAUGCCAGUAAUGUCCUACGUGAUCCGAGACUGCGAGGAACAGGAGAUCAAAGCCGACGAGAUUGUCGUAGGCGAUCUUGUCUAUCUCAGAGCCGGCUACAAGAUCCCAGCAGACAUGCGGAUCCUUCAAGCCAACUGUCUAAUGAUCGAAAGUCACGAUGUGACGGGCCAUCGAAUGCCCCAGGAGUACAAAUCCGAUCCGGUUCAGGCGAAUGUAUCGGUGUUCGACGCGUGUAAUGUCGCAUUCAUGGGAUCGUAUUGUACGGAGGGAGAAGGAAUCGGGAUUGUUAUAAGGACAGGCAAGUUCACGGUCCUCGGCGCCCUUGCCAACCAACACCACCACAUCCCUCCACCAUCUGGCCGCCUUCAAACCGAACUUCAGAACUUCUCCACUUUCAUUUCAAUCGUUGCAAUCUCAAUGGCCACAGUCGUAUUCUUUAUCGGAUGCUUUGUAGCCAGAUUCGAGAAUGUUCUCGACCAUUUUAUCGUUGGAUUCGUGGUAAUUAUAGUUGCAAAUGUGCCUCAAGGCCUACCAGCAACCGUCAUGUCGCAGCUAAGAAUUAUUGCGCGACGUAUGGCGCAGAAGAAUAUUCUAAUCAAGAAACUGGAGUUGAUAGACGAGCUCGGAGCCGCCACCGUAAUCUGUGCCGAUAAAUCAGGCACUCUCACCAUGAAUCAGAUGGUUGUCACAGAUCUUUGGUUCAAUAGCCGGCUUGUGACAGGCCAGGCGGUAGAUCUCAAGCAUCCUCACCUCCGAGUCAUGAAAGCUUCCAUGAAGUGUCCCGAGCGUCUAGAAGAGCCGCUUCCCGACAUUCUAACAGUUAUGUCUGUCUGCAACAACGGACAAUUUGAGCAUGUAAGGAGGGGUAUGCGGAGGGUCUCCACGAUGCGGGCCAUGCAGAAAAGUGCAUCGGAAGCAAUGCUCAGUGCUCAUAUGAAGAAGAAGUUCACAAUCGUCGACACCCGUACCGGGCAGGUCUCCGGGCAAGCCGGUGGAGUUAUGAAGGAAGCUGAUCAGAUCUCCGAGACAGAACCGACGGAGCUUGGGAAGAAGCGGGUCAAGCCGAAGAAGAAUGAUAUUUUUGGGGUGCCGAGUGAUGUUGCACUCAUUAAAUACGUCGAGCUGAGUGCCAGUGUGGAGGGGAUCCGGCAGAGAUAUCAGACAGUCUUCGAGAUCCCCUUCAACUCAAUCCGUCGCUGCCAGGUCGUAGUGGCGCGCUACCUGGCCAGCGACUUUCCGAUGACUUCAGAACUUGUCGAUAACCCGGAAGAGGGUCAAUCGAGAUUCAUGAUUUUCACAAAAGGAGCGCCCGAGGUGAUCCUGGGCAAGUGCUCCAACUAUAGACAGGGCAAGGAGCUGAAGACUAUCGAUGAGACUUAUAGGACAGAGUGUCAGGCCGCCUGGGAGAUGCUCGGCAACGAGGGUCGCCGCGUGAUCGCCUUUGCUCAAAAAAGCUUCAACGCCGAUGACAGCACCAAGUUCACAGGCCAGGAGUACAACGGAGACCUAGUAUUUCUUGGGAUGGCAGCCAUUAUGGAUCCCCCACGUCCUGAAACGGCAGCUGCUAUUGAACAGUGUAAGAUGGCCGGGGUGAAGGUGUUCAUGAUCACCGGGGAUCAUCCGACGACGGCGACGGCGAUCGCAAGGCAGAUUGGCUUGAUCGGGUCGAGUACAAAUUUGAACGACGUGGAAAAACCACAAAACUCGUGGGCGGUGGUAACAGGCGACCAGCUAAAGAACUACAAAAAGAGUGACUGGAAUCUACUGCUCAAGAAUCAUAAUAUCGUUUUUGCGAGAACCAACACGGAACAAAAGCUGGAAAUUGUGCAAGAAGUCCAAAGACGUGGUGAGACUGUCGCUGUGACCGGUGGCGGAGUCGAUGAUACCCCUGUGCUGGCCCAUGCCAAUGUAGGGAUUGCUAUGGGACAGAGUGGAAGUGACAUUGCCAAGCAGACGGCUGAUAUUGUACUUCUGGAUGAUAAUUUUGCGUCGAUUGUGAUGGGAAUAGAGGAGGGAAGGCUACUGUUUGAUAAUUUGAGAUUGUCACUAGCCUACACAUUUGCUCACUUGUGGCCUGAAGUCUUCCCAAUCAUGAUGAGCUUCAUGCUAGGGCUUCCACAUGGGCUCUCGCCAUUGCAGAUCCUCUCCGUGGACCUGGCCUCAGAGAUGCCACCAGCCAUCUCCCUAGCCUAUGAACAACCCGAAAACGACAUAAUGCACACUCCGCCAAGAUCUCGAACCGCCCGUCUUCUAUCCAAAAGUCUUCUUGUCUACGCGUACAUCCUCGCAGGCUUCGGUAUCACUAUCGGGUGCAUUGCAGCCUAUCUUAGUGUUUAUUGGUACCAUAACAUCCCUAUCAGUGACAUUCUAUUCACUGCCGAACACCACUGGAAGAUCGGAGCAAAGAACUUCACGACUAGCCAAGGAUUGACGUUUGGUGAGCAACAGCAGUUAUUUAUAAAGGGGCAGGCUGCCGCGGCAUGGCAGAUCACAUUAGUCAUGUCACAAGUCUUCCAUUUGUACAAUUGUACGACCAGGAGGGUUUCCGUUUUCCGGCACGGUCUGACUAAUAUUGUCAGCGUUUUUGCAGUUAUCAUUGAGAUCCUACUCCUGUUCAUGUUCGUGUACACACCGGUCUUCCAAUAUAUAAUGGACAUACAUACUCCACCAGCACAUGUCUGGGCAAUUGCUCCAAUCGUCGGUCUCUACCUGUUGGCUUUCAAUGAGAUGCGAAAGUAUUUCAUUCGAAAUUUCCCCAAAAACAAGCUUGUUCGCCUUAUCAAAUGGUGAAUCCAUUUUUUUUUGUAUAUAUUUAUUGAUUUGUACUUUUUUUCUUACCCCGAUUCCCACCAGCACACAAAAUUACAGGUUUUCCCCGCAUUUUUCGCGCUCAAUUUUUUAAAAAAUAAAUUAGUCGGUUCUUGUAAUAGUUUUUGAUGGGUUAAACCUAGAUUUUCUGAAUUCUACAUAUAUAAAUUACCCGUUUUCAACAAAUUUAGACAACUUUUUAUUUUUGCCCGU